ACUUCAUCUUCUGAUAACUGGAACUCUCCACCUGCAAACCAUCAAUAUUCGAAUACUCUUGUCGUAUAGUAGCAUUAUAUCCUCUCUUCUAUAUAUCGAGUCAAUUGGAAAAGCAUCAUGUCAGAGUUCCCUUCGCUGCAACCCGCCUUUACGGUCAAGGUCGAUAUCGAUGCCUCACUACCUGUUGGGAGUGCGUCUCGUACCGGCAGCCUCCAGGUCGUGCCCAUGAUCGGCGGCACCGUCAAGAGCGAUUCGAGUUUCAACCUCCCUAUCGAUGCCGAGUUCGUCGGAGUGGGCAAUGACUACAUCCACGGGGAUCCGGAUGGUAAACACCUGCGAUUGAACGCCCAUGGCGUUCUCAAGACAAAGGAUGAUGCGCUGCUCUACUUGAACUAUACCGGUGUCAUCACGCUCGGCCCCGCGGAGGCGGCGGUUUUCGGUGGUACCGCUGCGGAUGGCUCUACGCCUUUUGGGAAUUCCUUCACACACUUUACGUUCGAAACCGGCGACGAACGCUACAAGGAGUUGGAGAACCGCGUGUUCGUCGGCCAGGGACGAUUCAAUGUCGAAAAGGGAAAGCCUAUCGUUGUUGAGUAUAGGGUUGGACAGGUUGUACACGGCUAGCAGUUUGCUCUGUUACUCUCCAGCCUCAUAUGGUGUCUAUGUCAAUAUCACACAUCUCAAUGGAGUCAAGA